GCCAAGGACGAAGGCACCAUCCGGGAGAUCUGCCAGCGGCUCUUCAACACCCUGCAGCUGGACGAGGGCCGGGCCCAGGACAGCAGCCAGGUGCUGCUGGAUGCCCCUAUCCAGCUCUCCCAGAUCACUGAUGGAUAUGCGGACGCCAGCGUGGACCUGCUGCCGGGGCUGCUGCUGAAGAGAGGCCAGAGCUCGGUGGUGAACGCCAAGAAACUGGAGAAGGCGGAAGCCAGGCUGAAAGCCAAGCAGGACAAGAGGAUGGAGCGGGAUUCCCUGAAGUCAUCUGGCCCUCUGGUCCUUGAGGAGGCAUCUGCCAGCCAAGCUGCCAGCAAGAAGGAGACUCGCAUGGAGUCAUCAGGCAAGAACAAGUCGUAUGAUGUGCGCAUCGAGAACUUCGAUGUGUCCUUCGGUGAGCGUGUCCUGCUGGCGGGAGCAGACCUGAACCUGGCGUUUGGACGGCGCUACGGGCUGGUGGGCAGGAACGGACUGGGGAAGACCACGCUGCUGAAGAUGAUCGCCAGCCGGAGCCUGCGCAUCCCCUCGCACAUCAGCAUCCUCCACGUGGAGCAGGAGGUGGCGGGGGACGAGACGCCGGCGCUGCAGAGCGUGCUGGAGUGUGACACCGCCCGUGAGAGCCUCCUGCGGGAGGAGAGGGACCUGACGGCCAAGGUUAAUGGUGGCAGGGGAGAAGGGACAGAAGGUGCCAGGCUGUCAGAAAUCUACGCAAAGCUGGAGGAGAUUGAGGCGGACAAGGCCCCAGCAAGGGCAUCCGUUAUUCUUGCUGGGCUGGGCUUUAAUGCAAAAAUGCAACAACAGACAACCAAAGAGUUUUCUGGCGGCUGGAGAAUGAGACUGGCCUUAGCCAGAGCCCUGUUUGCCAGGCCAGAUCUCCUACUGCUGGAUG